AUGAAGCGCUGGCCUGCUGGAGCGAUUGUCUACAUUCUGCUUGGGAUCAUCGUCUAUGGUCUGUACAUUUUGAUGUUAAAUUAAAAUCCUGUGGUAUGCCUAUCUUCUUUGGCAAGCAUUUUCGACGAAAUCACUUACUGCGUUUAAAGUACAAAUGCCCGCACUGACUAAUGUACAGGAGUUGGAACUUUUUGAUUGCUACUCACCUUCUAGAAAACUAUGAACUCCGCAUUUACUUGCCAUUAAUUCUGAAAAACAUGGUAUUUUUAAAGAUGGUAGUUAUUUUCUAAUUUUAAUUAAGGCGCGCAUUUUGUUUGCUGUUACCUUAGGAGAUUUUUUGAGAAACAUGAUGAUGUAGAGAAAAUAAACCUAGCUAAUAAAAUGCUGGUUUUUUUUUACUGCCUUUAAUUUUCAAUAAAACAGAUGCUGAAAACAGUGGGUGUUUUAAGUCACACAUCAAGCUUACACACGACCUGUAGGAAGACCUUCGUUAAUAGACGCAAGCUGACAUGGCUUCAGAGACCUCGAGCCAAAGCUUAGAAUCUUAACAAGGCACUGCUAUAAGAUUUUUAUGACAAAAUGUCAUGUAUCAGUCAUCUUUCCGUUAAACAAUGCACUUCAGCCAGUUUACUUGCUCAAACGUUAAUGCUGUCUACGUCCAACUUCUCAAAAUACAUUUACUGAGCACCAUCGAUUGCCGAUUAAGCGCAGGUCAGAGUGGGUAAUGUUGGUAUUGUCGGCUAGCGCCAAUGCCUACAUUAAAAUAGCAAAUAAAUGCAAAUAUGUCUCCGCAGGUCUGGUGAAAGCUGUCGAAAUCGAGCGCGGUUUUCCAACGGACUGUGGUGUUCCUGUAAUUCGGCGGAAAUACAACGAGGAAGCCACGAGAAUGAAAACUCGCCCAACGCCCCACAGCUGGCCUUGGCACGUAAGCAACCGGCGAUUCAGUAAUAAGAACAUUUCUUAA